AUGGCCGAUACACAGUCCAUGAUGACUGGUCCCAAUUCAAACGACCUGACAGCUUCAUUGGCCGCCCUCGACACCACACAAUCCGACUCCAAUACUAUUCGCGAUGAUAAAUCUCAACCUCCAACACCAGAUGGUUCCGGAAGGCCCGUUAACUUUGGCAUGAUUGCCCCCGGCCUGUACCGCUCCAGCUACCCGCUCUAUGCCCACUUCGAAAAAUUGGCCGAUCUGGAGUUGAAAACCAUCGUCACACUGGUGCCAGAACCACUUUCUUUUGAUUACGAAAACUUCAUUUCUACCAACGGCAUCAUCCAUCACCACAUUCCCAUCCUUGCCAACAAGGACCCCAAAAUAUACUCCACUCAUGAAACCGUGUUGAAGGUUCUGAAUCUCAUGCUCGACCCUACCAACUAUCCCAUGCUCAUCCACUGCAAUAAGGGCAAACAUCGAACCGGAUGUAUGACCGCAUGUUUCCGCAAAGUCACAGGCUGGACUCCUGAUGCUUGCGUCGAAGAAUAUGAAUUCUAUUCCAAGCCCAAGGAUCGUGCUUUGGACAAGGUUUUCAUUGAAAAUUUUGAUGCGUCUAGCCUCAAAUCCCUUGCUUUCGAGCGAGGCUACGUCGGUGGUGUAUAUCGACAGCCAGUUGGAGAAUCGGGUAAAUCCUCAAUCUACACCAACAACACCGUAGGCACGUCAAAUACCAGCGACUACGAUUAUCCUAUCAACGACUAUCAAGAACGUGUCAAGAGAGAGAACGAUGCCAUUAUGGAGUCGGCUCGCUUGUGGUCACAUCGAUAG